AUGUGCGAGCCCCAGCAUCUCUUCCUUGAACCGUAUCCAGCUGAGCUCUCAGCUGGACAUAACGUGCCCAGUGGAUAUGCCGGCGGAUACGCUAGCAUACCUCGAAGAGGUCACGCUCCAGUCGUUCAUGAAGAUGCAGACAACCGUCUUAGAUGUUCUUCUUGUCACAGAGACGCAGAAAACUGCGGAGUUACAAGAAAAUAUGCAAAGAACAGUGGACACGCACCAUCGCUUAUUGUUCUGACGAGGCAUGACCGGGGCAUGCUCGAAAUUCCGCCGGGACCCUCUUUACACCCAACGUCACUCACGAAACUUGAGAACAUCUUAGAUGAGAAUAGCGGGAAGGAAAUGAGUGGAAGAGAUGCUCGUCCAGUGAAGGCAGGCCAUCUAAUCAUCUAA